UUCCUGGCCCUUUAAGAAAGAAAAGUACAGUUUUCAGCGAUACUUGCAACUACAUUACAGGCAGGUUUCGACUUCUGUCCUCAUUCUUGUAUAACUAAGGGUCAACAUAAGACAGUAGGAUGUAUACUACCGGACUGAACCCGUUUUACCCGUCUAAUUUUAGUCUUUGGUCUGCCUACUGCUCAAGCGGUUUUGCUUUGGAUUCAAUGAAGAAGCCUUCGUUUUGCAUCGCCGAUAUAUUGCAUGUUGGAGACGCUGAAAAUAUUCCUGGGUCUUCGACGCUUAUGGCUCAUUUGGGACCUCGCGCUCCGGUUCAUUCUUCGGGAUCACCGCUGCGCCCUUCCCCGGUGGCUCCGGAGCCAUCCGUUUUCGGCUCACGGAUGAGCCCAGCGUCCCCGUAUCACAGACACGGAAUACACUUAACCUCUGUUUCCAGAGUGACGCUCAAUUCUCAGCAAGCUCCAGCUCCUUCCAGUAAGGACCUCAAGUUUGGGAUUGAUCGUAUAUUGUCAACAGACUUUGACCCAAAAUCAAAAGAGACUUCUACUUUAAGAGAUCUCACGUCCAUUGUUAGCUCGAACCGUCAGUCAGGUGUGCACAUGUCGGUGCAAUCCACAGCGAGCCAGUACUUCGCAUCUUUAGACCCCGGGAUCAGCGACUCGUCCUCUCUGUUGGGUUCUUUGGGCAACACCACGAGACAAGCAGGGCAACAUCAGUUUCAGGACACCUUUCCAGGCCCAUAUGCAGUUCUGACGAAGGAUACGAUGCCUCAGACGUACAAAAGAAAAAGAUCCUGGUCAAGGGCGGUGUUUUCCAAUCUACAGAGGAAAGGACUCGAGAAACGAUUCGAAAUCCAAAAGUACGUUACUAAGCCCGACAGAAAGCAACUGGCUGCGAUGCUGGGACUGACGGAUGCUCAGGUCAAAGUGUGGUUCCAAAACAGACGAAUGAAAUGGAGGCAUUCGAAGGAAGCGCAGGCACAGAAAGACAAAGAAAAAGAACAAUCGGAUAAAUCUCUGACAGAAGCUGACCAGAAGGACCAGGAGUCCGAGUGCGCGACCGACCCGAGCGAUUCCGAGUUCGAGGACGGCCAGGAUAAGAGUGACGUUGACAUUACAGAGCACAACAAGACAAGCGUCAUCAUGUCCGGGGCGACCCCACCGAGCGAAGAGGAGACAGCGUCAGUUAGUACAAUUACAGAAACGACGGCGCCAUCGCAAAUAUUGUUGUAAAUGUAUAGAUAAAUAUACGUGUGAUGUAAAAUGAAUAAUUUAAUAUAAGCAUAUUAAUAUCAUAGUAACGAACAAAAAUAAUAGAUACAUUUGGAGGUCGUUGAAAAACGUCUUAAAGCAGACGUUUAAUAGUAAAAUCCCAGUUGGGUUUUAUUUUACUCUGGACUCCCAUCCCGCGCUCAGUGACCAGACAAUCCAACAAAAUUGUUGACUUAUGGAAAACUUGAGUUAAGGAAAUCUUUCUUUUUUAUUUCAAUUUUAUUCACCUGUUACAAACGAAGACCUUCCAAAA